UACAUCCGGGUCACGGGUCGUUUCAUGGCGUGUGUUUUGGAUUGAGCACAUUUCACUGCGGAUGGAGAAUACCAGCCCUUUAACUGCGACACGCGGUUAUUUCUCACUCCUCCAGCGGUACAGCGGGGUGUAGAGGCUGUGCUGGAGCUGUGGUAGAUAGCAGGUGAUUAUACAGAAGCUGGUAUUUUGGUGGGCGCGCCGUCUUCGUGUGUUUUGCUGCUGCGGGAGCAGAGCGGGAGCAGGACAGUGCUCAAUUUUAUACACCUAGAUCAAUUAAGGUGUGGAUGAAGGACCACUACAUCAAGACAAUCUCCAGACCUGAAACCCAUUGAAAACCUUUGGAAUGUAAUGAAGAGGUCAUUAUGUCACAGCCACAUUCAAGGUCACCAUUAUAUUCAAGAAAUGCUACAGUGCCUAUUAAACAAGAGGAUGGGUUCUAUAAUGAACGAUAUUCAUCUGUGCAUUCCGAACCAUGGAGGGAUCCAGGAAAUGUCAACAACCUGGAAGGUAAUUCACACUGGGAGAAUGGUCCUUCUCAAGGACAGCAGGAGGUUGACCAUUGGGCAAAAUUCAUUGAGGCUAUAGGUCAUGCUGAUAGACGGAGACCUUCGCCCCCGUUAAGACACCACAUCCAGGAGGAUGUUCGGAGGUCUGAGGAGAAAUCAUUACAUUCGCCAAGAAGACUACCUAGGGAGAGGUUGUCUUCCCCUGAUGCCUUGAAUUAUGGUGCUGAAAACCAUCGGAGGAUCGCAUCUCCAGGGAGGGGGAGGAAUGAGCAUAACGUCCCUCAUUUCAACAGGAACAAUUCAAACAAGGCGAACUGGGAUUCAAGAGAUUCCAGUCCUAGGCAUUUACAAGGAAAGAGACAUGACAGGGUGGAACAUGGAUAUCACAGUGAAGAACAUGAAGAUAGAUAUCAUGACCGAAGCUCUGAGAGGUGGUUAAAGCCAAAUUAUAGGGAGCAUCACUCACAUCCUAAACGAUUUCGAGGUUUGGAUCCAGAAGAGGAAGACUGUGGCCCGCACAGGGGCUUUAGUCCCCAUAAUGCUCCUGUUAUAGUAGAGCAUGAUCAUGGAAUCUCAAACCAUGAUGCACUGAACAGAGAUCAACCAAGGAGCCGUGAUGCGUAUAGGAACCGGGAGCAUCCAGGAAGCAGAGAUCCUUCAAGAAACUAUGAUCCAUUUAGGGAAAGAGAGCAUUCAAAACACAGAGAUCCUCCGAGGAGCAAAGAUCUACUUAGGAACCGAGAACAUUCAAGAAGCAGGGAUCCUCAAAGGAGCCAUGAUCCACUUAGGAACCAAGGUCAUCCAAGGAACAGAGAUCCUUCAAGAACUGAUGACUUUGGAAGGAACAGAGAUUAUCCAAGAAGCAGUGAACAGUCACAUGGCAGAGGUCCCUCAAGAAGCAGGGAAUCAUUUAGACAUGAGAGGGACCUUGAGCAACAUGCAGAAAUCCCACAUGGUGGAUAUGAUGGUUCAGUUGACUAUCAAGAUGGAGAAGAAACAAGAUUCCACCAACAGUCUUCUGUUGGGAGAGGCCAUCCUAUGCGAGGAAGGCCACAUCAACGGGGGCAAUUCAGAAUGGAACCUCAUGGAGGAGAGCACCAUGAACAAAGGACCAUGAAUCAGAGCAGUGAUGUGGAUUUGAGAAAUGACAAGGGGAAUCAGGCUAGAGCUUCUGGACAAACAUGGGAAAAAGAAACACAUCCCGGAGGAAAUUUUGGUGUGCUGGAACAAGGAAAGGGUUUUAAAGGAAUUCAGCAAGCCAACAACGCCUCUUGGACAGAUUUCGCUGGGCAUGAAUCUCUCAGGAUAAAAGUCGACAUGAGUCGUCCUGUGAACCACAGCAGCCACUUAGGCUAUUCUUCAGAAAGACAGCUGUCUCUUGACUUGGUCAAUGUGGGCAGACAGCGUCUUGACUUUUUGCCCAUGCUGGAGCAUUCUGGGACCUUCAGAGAGUCAGCAAUGCAUUCUGGGACAUUCGCCCAAGAGAUCAUCACUCUGGUACAUCAUGUCAAAGAAAGUUUUUUCCAGGGUCAAGGCAUUACUCUUAAUGAACGAUUCUCGUGUGAGCAACACUAUUCUCUUGAGGAUGAGGAUGAAUUUGAUGACGACAUUGAGCUGGAAGAAAUGGAACCAGUGAUAAAUAGGCCCCUUGGUAGCUCUUCUUCAAGGACUCAGAUUUUCUGCAACUUGGGCUCUUGGCAGCCGGACAAAAGGAAUGUUGCUGCUCCUGGGGAUCUAAGGCAUGACCUGGAGAGGAGGAGACAGCAGAGAUUGCAAGGGGUUAAAAUUACCAUUGCUGGAGGGAACUUUUUGCAGAUGGCACCUCAGAAUCAGGAAAGCGAGCCUGUAUAUGAGGAUGAGGAUAAGAGUGAGCCUGUAUAUGAAGAUGUGUGUGGGUCAGGCGAUCAAAUGGGCUGGUCUGAACAGGCACCUCAGCAGUCAGAACAGUGGGAUGAUCCUUUUCAGGAAAUGCCUGGCCCAAAUUUCAAUGGCAGGCAGAAUUUCAGUCAGUUUCAUAACACUCGACCUCAGCCACGCAGGAGAAGGAAUCCUAGAGGUCCCAACUGGUGAAGAAUAAGGAAUAUAUAUGUGUUCUGGUUCCAACUCUGUGACUCCUUGGAUGGGAUGGAGUCACAACAACAGCUGCUGCACAAAGGCCAUUCUCUUGUUUUUUGGCAUUUAAAACCACUCCCCCUACGGCUGAUUUUAAGUAGUUCACCAUGCUGUAAUUUCCAGUCCUUUAUAAAACAUAUGUUUGCUCAGAGUAAAUUUCUGUAUGGGAGGGUUACUUUUGUGUGAUUUAACAUCACAGUGCAUCAGAUUCUAGACUUUCAAUAAGAUGCUACGCAAAGAUGCAGCAUCCAGAACUCCAACAUGGACAUUUUACCCAAUAUAAUCAGUUUAGCAUUUGAGUCAAUAACUCUUUUUCUUUCACAUCACUGAGCUGUACAGAAAGCUUUAAUAGACUUUGAUUUCCCGUCUGUGUUGAGCAUUGUAAUGCAUUUGGUUUUAUACUUAAAAUGACCUGGAAAUACAUGCAGUACACCAGCAUUACUGUUGCUCCAAACCUUUUUAAGAUUAAAACCAGCUUGGACAAUUCCAUAUACUGAUAAAUAAAGUUUAAAAAAUGCUCCUUUUUUGUGCUGAUAUCCUGAUCAUUUCCUGAGAGUGUCAGUUAUCAAAGUGUUUUAUAUUUAAUGAUGUUUACAUGUUUUUGUCGUUCUGACUGUUUUUUUUUUGUCUUGCUUUCUUGUAAAUAACUUGGUUAAGAGACUAGAUUUGUUUUUCAGAAUACUGUACUGUGCAUAUAGUUUUCUAUGCAAUAAAAGCACACUAAACUGA